AUGGCUGCAGUGGAAGAAAAAGGGAAAGAGAGGGAAAGGGAGAAGAUCGUCCCGCCUACUCCUCCACAGAUUAUACAUGAUAGGACAAGAGGGGUGUUUUAUACUCGGGUGGGGUUCCUAGGCGAGGGUGGAUUCGCCAGAGUGUACGAGGUUCAAGAUCGACAUGGACAACGAAAGGCUGUAAAAGUCGUUAGCAAGGCGGCCGUACGGACAAAGAAGAAUAAGACGAAGCUAUGGGCAGAGAUCAAGCUUCAUCAGAUGCUAAAUCACCCGAAUAUCGUGCAUUUUGAGGACUGUUUUGAAGACGAUGAGAAUGUGUAUAUGAUAUUGGAGUUGUGCCAAAAUGGAAGCCUUAUGGACCUACUCCGUCGGCGGAAGCGCUACAGCGAACCAGAAGCUCGAUUCUUCCUUGUUCAACUCAUUGCCGCUUGUCAGUACAUGCACUCGACUAAUGUCAUUCAUCGUGACUUGAAAUUGGGCAACUUGUUCCUCGAUGGUGAUAUGAACAUUAAAGUGGGCGAUCUCGGUUUGGCCGCACUGAUAGAGAACCCUGGUGAUCGGAAGAAGACCAUAUGCGGAACACCCAAUUAUAUCGCCCCAGAGGUGUUGUUCGACACUGUCAAUGGACACAGCUUUGAAGUUGAUAUUUGGUCUGUGGGAGUGAUUCUAUAUACAUUCUUGAUUGGCAAACCACCAUUCCAGACAAAAGACGUAAAAGCUAUCUAUAAACGUAUCCGAGAAAACCGAUACGAAUUCCCGCCAGAAAAGGAUAUCUCGCCUGCAGCUCAGGAUCUCAUCAUGUCCAUUCUUAACCCUAAUCCAGCCAACCGUCCCACACUUAGCGCCAUAUUGCAACACCCAUUCUUCUCUGACGGACCUUUCCCCCCACGUAUCCCAGCCGCAGCCAAUGACUUUCCUCCAGACUUCCGACAUCUCACCAUGGCUCAGAGUCGGAAGAACUUUGAGGACUUGUGUCGAAGAUCCAAAGUUGGGGGAAUGGCAGUGGUCACGUCGGACCAAGCUCGGCUGCGACCCUUUGGUCCAAGUAUUAUGCAACAAGAGAAAGACUUCAGGGAUGCCGUACAACCCGACUCUCCUAUAUCUGCCCUUCUCAAGUCUGCCCGGCAACCAUUGGUCCAAGCACCCACCGGUAUCAGCGAAACAAACCUACUACGUCGUCUUACCGCUGCUGGUGCCCACAGUACUCUUUCCCCCGUCCGAAGAGGGGUUGCCAAGGCUCCUUCUGGGAUGGAUCGUGUGGGAGAGGAAGAAGAACCCGAAGAUGAAGCUGGUGAUUAUGGACAUGGGAUACGAGAACGCGAGGUGGCUACGCAAAAAGCAAGGAUCGUCUCGGAAAUGGCGAUGAGUGGAUCUGGGGGAAUACCUCAUCUCAGGGCGUCUCCGAGAAAACCUCUGGCUCCUACUACCACCCUUCCCCAGGCGCAGUCAUCAAGAGCGACGAACACAGUUCACGCGGCCAAAGGUGCGGCUCAGAAAAGCGACAAGGUGUCAUUGUACGAGACUGUAGAGAAGAAUUUGAGUCGAGCGUUGGUCAUGGCAGCCACAGAUACUGGGUUCACCACGCCUCAAAUCCCCUCAGAUCCUCCUGCACCAAAAGUCUUCGUGGUGUCCUGGCUUGACUAUUGCGGCAAGUACGGCAUGGGGUUCGCGAUGAACGACGGGACCAUAGCCGUUCACUUCAAUGAUUCCUCUUCUCUGGCCCUGGCACCUAACAAGAAAUACUUUGACCACAUCUCCCCAUCCUCUGACGGUCUCACGGCCAUGCGGGCCAAUUAUCCCGUCGAUGGACAUCCACGCGAUCUGGCCAACAAGGUGUACCUACUCAAGUCGUUCGAGGGCUACAUGCUCAAACGUCUAUAUGGAGAACAUUCCUACGCAUUCGAGGACUUGGAUUUGACGAGAGGGAUGGUUUAUGUGACACGGUAUUUGAGGAUGAAACAUGUCAUCUUGUUCAGAUUGAGCAAUGAGGUACUACAAUUCAACUUCUACGAUCACACCAAACUCAUCUUCUCCCAAGGAGGUCUAGUCCUUUCCGUCAUCGAUCGCCACGACGUCCUCCGUACUUGGUCCCUAGAGUCUCUCCUCGGUCCAACUGACCAUCUCACUCCUAAAGACAAACGAAGAGUAGAAGGCGUUUUGCAUAAAGUUCAAUACGCUAGAGACGUCUUGUCAAAAAUACAAAGUCACGGAGCGGAUUCCAAACAUUCUCAAGAAAACCCGGACAAGUACUGGACUGGUCGGAUCAGCUAUACGUUGGGUCAUAGAGAACGAACCGGUCGGUUCUAUAUUUGGGAAGAAGGAAGGGGAAAGGUGGGUGUUUCUCUCUUCUGGCGAUUGUGA